AUGCUGGCUACGUUAGGGGACCCAUCAGCACCCCUUGGAGAGGAUGACGACCAGCUUGGGGAGUUAGAUGAUGUUGCACCGGAGGUGGUGCAAUCAGUGACGGACGAGCGUGCUGAGUCCACACCCUCUCGUGGACAGUGGAAGCAGAUUGAUGACGAAAGGCAGACCUCUGGUGGUGAACGCAUACCGGAUACGGACCUUCCAAUAUGGUUUCCAAUCCUGGACCCCGUUCUGGCCACUCGAGAGACCGUGAGGCCAUCGUUCACGAGGUCGAGCUUGACGCCUAUCGAGGCAGGGGGGGCACCGCUGACUGCUGCAACGCCAACGGCCUCUGUCAAUGGCGGAGGUACCAUCCCCACAGCCAAUCCUACUAGUGUGCCAGCCCCUGCUCCCCUUGCUGCCCCUCCUACCCCUACUACCCCUGCUACCUCUGCUGCCCUUGCUACCCCUGCUAUCCCUGCUGCCCCUGUUACCCCUUCCGCCCCUGCUACCCCUGCUGCCCCUGCUACCCCUGCUAUCCCUGCUGCACCUGCUCCCCCUGCUGCCCCUGCUCCCCCUGCUGACCCUGCCCCCCCUGCUGCCCCUGCUCCCCCUGCUGCCCCUGCUCCCCCUGCUGCCCCUGCUACCGCUGUUGCCCCUGCUACCCCUGCUGCCCCCACUUCAACAACCAAUGGCCGUCCUUCCACUAGCGAUGGUCGUCGUGCUGGACGAUCCCGUUCUGCCAGCGCAAGGCAGACUGCAGAUGCUUCAACGCCUAGCACGGGUGCGCGGCGCUCCGUCCGUGGGCUCCGGGGCCCUACGUCUAUGGCUGCAGGGGAGAAUAUCGAGUUUGAUGCAGAGUUAUGGACCGACGCUGGGACGAGAAACAUGGCAACUCAGCUUGGGGAAUUGGUUGAAAACGCCAUGCUUCGAGCAAUGGAUUACGGUAUUGGCAGGUUGGGUGUUCUUACCCGAGAUGUGGCUGCAUCUCUCCCAGAUGUGCCAGCCGCCAGGAGGCGUAGAGUCCGUUUGCCAGGCGGUUCCGGCGACGAACUAGCGUGA